CAGUCGAAAACCAGAGCCUAUAAAAGCGUAUGCAAAAUGCCACUUUAACAUCAGUGUUGUGACCUUCACCGGCGUCCCAAGAACAUAUUUGGAAAGAUCGGAAUAGUUGAAUUGAAACGUUUCAAAAAUGAAAAACUUGUGUGGAAUUCUACUUGGAAUUUGUUUCACCAUUGCUGGCACAAAUGCCGUUGACUAUUGCAGCGUAACCAUAUGCCCUUCGAAGAAUCACGUUGCUUGUAAUAAUACCGGUACGUUCAGCUCAACCUGUCCACCAGUUCAUAAUAUUGUUGCCAUGACGAAUGAACUGAAAGCCUUGUUGCUACAGAAACAUAAUAACGCUCGUAUGGACAUUGCAAAUGGCAAAAUAGCAGGAUUCUCCCAAGCCGAUCGAAUGAUCGAAAUGUCGUGGGAUGACGAAUUGGCUAGCUUUGCAGAAAUGAACGUUAAAACUUGUAAAAUGGAGCAUGAUAAGUGCAUGAAUACCGCUGUUUUCAAAUACGCCGGACAGAACCUGGGCUUGAGAUACUGGACUGAUCCCACAUCACAAAACAUCACAACGGAUGUUAGUGUAAUUUUCAGUCUAUGGUUCAACGAGUAUGUAAAUUGCAACAUGACUCAAAUCGCCAAAUUGAGCUCCACAAAAUCAGCCGAUGGAAAAACUUUCGGUCAUUUCACUCAAGUUGUCAUGGCGAAUUCUGCGAAACUAGGCUGUGCAGUUUCAUCGUAUGGUGAUACCGGUUACAGAUCAGGUCUUUUGGCGUGUAACUAUGCCCAGACGAAUAUGAUUACUUGGCCGGUAUACACUACUGGUGAACCGUGCUCGGGAUGCAAAUCGGGAUGCAGUGCCACGUAUCCAGGAUUGUGUAAUGCAAGUGAGGUAGUUUGAAAGGAUCGCCUGUCAAAUGUUUCCCGAAUUUCAAAUUGAUUGUCCUCGAAUAAAAGAUCAGAGCCUUAUUACAUCCUGCAUGUACGUAUAUUUACCAGAUAUUAGUCUUAGAAGUAGCUUUGAUUAUAAAUAAAUAUUUCCAACAACUUGAAUCUUGCCACUA